AUGAGCGUCGACAUCCGCUCACCGGACGUUGACACCGCACCUUGUUUCCCCACUAAUCCAGAAAUCCACAAACUUGGCCAGGCUAAACAGCAUGUCCUCGCACAUGAAAUCGGCCAAGGUUCACUCUGCCGCAAUUGCGACUGCGCAGGACUGGAUCUUCAUUUUUGGCGGAAGCUCUGCAAGAAUUGCGGUUGUCGAAUGGAUGAACACGAUGUGCAGUUGCCUAACCAAUACGACCACGGACAGAUCAUCAUAGGACGACUAUUCCAUGUUAAGGACCGAUUUGAGCACAAAAUCACUGAGCCUCUUAAACUCCGCACAAUCAACGAACAACAAUCAAUGUCGAGUUCUUCGUCAUCAGAUAUUCCUCAGUCCACCCCACCCAGUAAAGGAGGAUCCAGUGUCGAGGACAGGACACUUCCGACCGCUGCAUACAAUUUCAAAGUGGAAAGUGGAAAGGAAAAUCAUAAGACGACCACCGAGUACAGCUGGGUCCCUGUGCCUGACAAAUCUCUGGUUGAGCGAUAUAUGCAGGCGCUGCCAGAAGAGGAACGUCCAGUGAUAGGCUCCGUCGGCGAGCAGAACCGAAAAUCGCGGCUUCAAUUCCAGCUGCCUCUGUACGACUGCAAUGUGGAGGAUGCUCGAUUUGCAGACGACAAGGAUAAGGAGGUACUACGACGAUUUGUGGAAAACGUCCGCAAACAUGUUAUUGGUGUAGGACAAGUGAAAGAGGUAACUGCAAGAAAAACUGCUGUUAAUGCUGGAUCGCAAACUGAUGACACUACCGAUGAAAUCGCACGUGAACUUGCUGGCAUCGAUUUGCAGAAUGUACAGUGCAAGUCAUGUGUAAAACCAAUUCCUGUCGGAGAUGUUGGCAUUAAAACCGACCAUGGUCCAAAAGAUGAUAUAUGGCAUCCGAACUGCUUCCGAUGUGCCCAAUGUGAUCAGCUGCUAGUUGACAUGCUUUACUUUUACUACCAAGGGAAGUAUUACUGUGGAAGACAUUUUGCGGACCAACAGUAUCCACGAUGUGCUGGUUGUGACGAGCUGAUUUUUGCUCGUGAAUACACUUUCGCCGAAGAGAAAUCAUGGCACUUCGAUCAUUUUGCCUGCUUCAAAUGCGAUUUCCGUCUUGGAGGACAUCGUUAUAUGACGAAAAAUGACAACCCACAUUGCAUCAACUGCUACAUGAAACAUUUUGCAAAGAAUUGUGACACAUGUGGCAAAAAGAUUGGUCCUGAUGAGAAACGCCUCAACUAUCAGGAAUUUCAUUGGCACGCAACAAAAGAAUGUUUUCACUGUCGUCAAUGCAACAAAGAUCUGAUCGGCAGCAAAUUUAUCUUCAAAGACCACCAUCUUUUCUGCUCGUCUCAGUGUAAAACGGACUUUCAGAAACAGAAGAAAUCUUAA